AUGCUGAAGCAGCAGCCAUCUCAACUCGUCGUCGUCAGCAAGCGGAAAAGCGUGUCGACAGCCAAGAAGAAUGGUCGACGUCGAGAUCGCGAGCGGCGGAAGAUGCUGAUGAUGACGAUGACGGGCGAUGAGACUGGGGACAACGACGCCGAAAACCUCAACAGGGCCCUCCGUGCCGUCUGCAAUGCUCAUCAACAGUUGAAGAUGGCUCAUCAACAGUUGGAGUUGGCUCAUGAAAUCUCGUUCGGACAGAACGCCCUCCUCCAAGAAGCCCUCACGGCAUCGGUCCGACGACACGACGAGGAUAAAGCCCAACAUCUCCGCCAACUGCAAGAUGUACACUUCAACGCCAUCAUGGACCGCACCGAUAUCAUCCGCAAAAUGACGGCCGAACAGUCCUCACUCACCCGUCGGCUGACCUUCCAACGCACGGCGGCGGAAAACGAGCAGGAAAGCUUAAACGAGCGCAUCGAGACGCUGGAGAUGAAGAAUGUGGCCCUGGAGAAGGAAAAGAAAGAGCUGGAGAAGACGCUCGAUGAACAGCGAGAAAUCACGAGUGGGGCGCUCGAGACGGCGAAUAACGAACGCGUGAGCUACAUGGACGCCCUCGGCAUGGCCAAGGAAGCCUAUGCCGACCUCGAGGCCGCCAGGAUGGACAUUAGCAACACCAAGGAGGAUUUGAACGAACUCCUCCGUCUGGACGCCGAGGAGAAGGAGAGGGCAUCCUUGGGUCUGCCUCCCGCGUAUGGAGGUUUGGACAAUCUCGACAAUCAAGUGCGGGCCUGGGAUGCGCAUUGUCAGGAUGUGGGCAGAUUGGAUGGCGGAGGGGCUGGAGAUGCCAUGAAGUUGUUGGAGAGUGUUGCCGAGGAAAUGUUCGCCGUCGACCUGCGAAGAGCGGUGGCCGUCGCGGCAAAACUACGACUGAGCCGUGAUCCCGCCAACCAGGAUGCCGCCGGUCCCCGGAUGUUCCACGCCGCCAGUGUGGGAAUCACAGGUGCAUGCCAGAGCUUGACUUYCGGUAUGGAGCACGUUCUGCACCAGUAUCCUCCUGCAAAGAAACGCCGUCUCUCCACCACCUCCCCAACGCAAGAGCCGGCGUCGAAGAGACCUUCCAACUCCAAGCAUCGCGCAGUCCCCACUCCACGAGAACAGACUCCAACAGCGUCAAGAUCACUCCCUGCUCUGACCCCCCUCCACUCAAAUUACACCCUCGCCCACCGCGCCACCAAUCAGAUCUUCUCCUUCUUCUGGCAGCUAAUCGCAGCUUUCGACCUUCGCCCGCUCCCGGUACCCAUGGUCGACGAUCCUCUACGCUUUCGUGUCGCCCAGAGCUGGCGCAUGAUCGACGACAGUCUCCGUGGUGUCAUGGAACUGUCMGCCAAAUCUCCUCUGAACGAUGUUGACGACACGGGAAGAUGCACCGGCUGUACCAUGAAGGGCUGUGCGGGAAACUGUGCGAGAUUGUCCAAACUGCAAGGCUACGUCACACAAUUAGAUGCUGUGAGGAGAGGUCUGAAGAACAUAUGCGCGGAUGGAGCCAAGGCUGGGUGGUUUCUGGGGGAUUGCCAUGAAGCGAUGGAAGAUAUGGUGGCCAUUGAGAGGAGAUGUGCUGCAGAGGGAAGAGGGGAUGCCUCUGUCCGGCAUGUCGAGUUUGUGGACCUCACGAAUGAUSAUGAAACUAUGGAGGCGGCAUUGGGGGAGGUAGUCCUGCCCGCGGGAACUCCUUCAAGUUCUUCACAUGUGCCGUCGAGGCGCAUGACUCAAGAAGAAGAGUCUGUUGGGCCUCGUCGGAGUGUCCUUCGUCACCCUGAUCAGACACAUGGGGAAUGGGCUUCUGCUCGAGCGACCUCUGAUGUGAAUGUCGACUUGACCCACGAUCGAGCACCGAGGACGACAAACUCUUCUACCGGCCCCACUCCUACUCCUGGACGUAGGAAUGCGACGACGAUAGACUCACGAAGAGAUCCGAGAUUACCCAAUCGACUUAUGGAACCUCAACUUCAGCAGACAGUCACGAGGAGAAAUAACGACCUUCGGAGAUUGGAAUCUCCCGCCAGUCCGCCUCGCAGCCCACCCGUCGUAGUCCUUUCAAGGCCGCUACAAGUUUCCACCAGUCCUGGAGCGCUCCGUAUCGACCCUGUCGAGAACGUGGUCUAUUAUUCUCCCACAAGUCCUGUUGAGAGUGUGAGUAGUAGUGAGGGAUCGGUGUGGGAACCUCCGGGUGGAUUCCGGGUACCGAUAUCCGCUCCUCGUCGUGAAACCUUUGAUGUUGGGCGGGAUUACAGGUACACGAGACCGACUUCUGAAAUGGAAGGGGGUGUCUUUGGGGAGGGAAGUGAGCAUGCGAGGAGAGGAGUUGAGGAGUUCAGGGUUUUGGGAGCUGCAGCGAGGAGGCUGGCGGCGAUUGGGGCUGGUGCUGCUACUGCUGCUGCUGAAGAGGGCAGGCAGAGGAGGGAGGGUUUGAGGCCUAGGAGGGGGGGUGCUGGAGGGCAAUAA